AUGGUUGUUUCGUUGGAGGGUUAUAAGCUCUUCAGACGGGAUCGUAAUAGGCGUGGUGGUGGAGUCCCACUCUUUAUCAAUAACUGUUUUAGGGUUAAGGUCCUGGCUUCCUCUUCACAUGUCUGGACAAAGAGACCUGGUCUGCCUGAGUAUCUGUUUUGUGAGAUUGCCUGCCAUGGUGUCUUUCCAAUAUUUGUUGCGGUGGUUUACAGGCCGCCACAUGCUCCGUUUGUCGAGUGCAGUGACUUCAUACCUUCCUUGCAGAUGCACUUGCAGGAGUACAGUUCCAAGGUCACUCUCGGUGAUUUCAAUGCCGAUCAGCUCUCAUCAGCAAAUGCGGAUGCAGUUUUUGUGCGUAGCAUUUGCUCUGAUAAUUCUCUUAGGCGACUAGAGCAUGGAGCUACUCAUCACACUAGCACAUCUGAUACCUGGCUUGAUCUCUGCCAGAUCGACUGUGAAGACACUCUCCUAUCUUGUUGGAAGACUGAUGCGCCCUUUGUUGAUGGACAUGAUCUGAUCGCGGCUGUGACGAGAGUCUUUCUGCCACGUCCUCCUCUAAGCAGUGACAUCUGCUACAGGGACUUUUCUUCGCUGGAUGACUGGAAACUCAACUCCUGGCUAGUCUUCUGUGACUGGUCAGGAUUCGAGGGAUCGUCAUCUUUGGACAGCAUGGUCUUGUCCCUUUGCUCUAAUCUCUGCAGCGCUAUUGAUGAGUCGGUGCCUUUGAAGACAGUAAGGAAGUCUUCUAAGCGUAAGCCGUGGUUUACGAGGCAUGUUAACUCUCUUGUAGCUGAGAGAGAUCACCUUUAUAGGGUGUAUAAACGUGUACACUCGAGGAGGGCGCUGGAGGAUUAUCGUCUGGCUCGUGAUCGGGCUCACCGAGAAGUCGAGGGGGCGCGUCAGUUGUAUUUCCAGAGGAGAAUGGAACCGCUGUCUGAACCUGCUCAGGUUUGGAAGGAGCUGAUGCACUUUGGAGUUGUGCAUGUGGAAAAUCUCAGUGCUGAUCUAGACCCUGAGGCUCUGAACGAUCACUUCGCUGAUUUGUCCUUUGACUCAAACGAGCCUUUGGUGGCUGAUUUUCUGAAUUCUAUGGAGGCUUCAGGGAGUGCUGCUGUUGGUGGUUUCUCUUUCAGACCUGUCACUGCUGAUGAGGUUCCGAAAGCUAUUUGGCAUUUCUCUACUGAAGCUAAGGGGGCUGAUGGAAUCCCACGAUCAGUGGUCACUGCUGCUGUCCCGUCACUACUACCGUUCCUACUAAAGCUAUUCAACAAGUCCUUCGCUGUCUCCUCUUUCCCUCCAGAGUGGAAAAAAUCCCUUAUUGUGGCGCUUGGUAAGGUCUUGGAGAGACUAGCCUCCUUACAGAUCCUUGGAUUCCUUACUGAGUGCUCAAUACUGGAUCCACUCCAAACUGGUUUUCGUCCCUACAAUGGUACGCAGACGGCACUACUGAAGCUGACGGAUGACAUACGUAGGGGUAUUGACAAACGACAACUGACGAUGCUUCUUCUCUUUGACUUCAGCAAGGCUUUUGACUCUGUGUGUCAUGUGAUGAUUCUUCAGAAGCUGCUCAGCAUUGGUAAUUCAUUCGUUCCAUUUGAAACUUCAGUGCGUAGCUUAGGAGUGGUGCUUGACUGCAAGCUCACCUGGAGAGAUCAUGUGGCAGGUGUAACUCGGAGAGUGCACUCUGUGAUGUACCAUCUGCGCUUCUUCCGAGCUAGCACUACUCUUGCUUUGCGUAAACACCUAAUUGAGACUCUGGUGUUUCCCCUGGUUGACUACUGCUGUCUUGUGUAUGGAGGUCUGUCUGAGGAGCUCUCUCAAGAUCCAGCGCCUCAUCAACGUGGGAGUUAG